AUGCCGAUUUAUUCAUCAUCGUCAGACUCUGAAAACGAAACUGCACAGGUAUCAAGAACCGGACAGCGGCCAGUAAGGCUUUUUGGGGGACAAAGGCCAGUACAUGCCGUUCUUGGAGGAGGAAAAGUUGCGGACAUCUUGUUAUGGAAAAACAAAACAGUAUCAGCCUUGCCGUUGAUAGGGAUGACAGUGAUAUGGUUUCUUUUUGAGGUUUUUGAGUACAAUUUUGUGACUCUUCUGUGUCACAUUUCUAUCACAGCAAUGCUUGUGGCCUUCAUAUGGUGCAGGGCUGCUGAAUUUUUUAAAUGGAAACAACCAAACAUUCCUGAAAUAAUAUGAUUGAGUGAAUCGGCAUUCCGAGAAGCAAUGUCAACCUUCCGAACAAGAUUCAAUUAUCUGGUAACAACGCUCGUCAACAUUGCCUAUGGAAAAGAUCCAGGACUCUUCAUUCUGGUAAUUAGUUUUCUCUACAUAUUGUCUGUGGUGGGAACUUAUUUCAGUUUCCUAAAUCUCCUCUAUCUUGGUGUACUGUGCUUGGAAACAUUGCCGUUUCUGUACGAUCGAUAUGAGAACGAAGUUGAUUAUUUUCUUGUGGACAAAGGGAUGGGAAAAAUGAAGAAAAUGUUCAAAAGGUUUAAUUCCAGGGUUCUGGAUAAGAUUCCAAGAGGGCCAGUGAAAGAACAUUAAUUUAUUAAACCUGAAAAAUUUUAUUUGUGAGUAACAGUUAUCUGUUCUUUACAUUCAGAAAUACCUGUGUGGGUAUUGUAAUUGUAGAGAUAAAUGUGUAAGUAUGAUACAGAACUCGUGUUCUUCUGUAUCAAACAAUUCAAAUUGUUCAAUGCUAUAUGAACAUAUAUU